AUCACCAACCACUAAGCCCAACCCUAAAGCCUUACUCCCAUCUCGCCAAAAUGGUCUCCACCAACUCCCUUCUCUACGUCCUCCUCAGUGCCGCCUCCCUGGCCGCCGCAACCCUCGAUCCCGCCACCACCAACACCAAGGGCAAAUGCCCCGGAAAGUAUAAUUGCUCCGCCACCAAGGUCUCCAAGGCCAUCCAGGCAGCCGAGUGCUCCCACAACACCCGCACCUCGAAGACCCAGACCUUCGCCGUCUUCGUGACUGACCACCAGUACGACUCCUCUCACGGCGCCCCCUACGGAACCUGCAGCGCGUACACCUGCACCGCGCCCACAUCCUCCGAGAUGACCGACUCGGACUCGGACUGCUGGACGUUCUUCUGGAACGACAACGGCGAGUCAUCCGGCUCCGGCACGGGGUGCAUCAAGAGCCCCAAUGACGGCUCCUGUGGAUGUGAGAACUCGGACGGAGUCUUUGUCUAUGGCUCCAGCAGCUGCUCCUAAAGAAGUAGGUAUACAAUAAACUGUAAUAGUGGGCUGGGAUUCACCCAAGCGGGUGGCGACUUGACCUCGCUUUGGACUGUGU